UACUGCAGCAACAGCGUAUGAAAUCUUUGUCUCGAUGAGAGAGGGUCUGGUCAAUCCCGCAUACAUCCGCAUGGAUUAGAAGGUGAUCGAUGCGCAGGUUGUGGUGCUGGUGCGAACGUUGGAAGUCGGCCAUCGUUUCGGUCUUGUCGUGCAGCAAGCCUGCAUGCAGGCGCGAAACCGGCUAGCGUUGACCGAGAUCGUGUACAUCAUGAGGCCCGUCGUGCUUCGUGUAAGCAUCGCGUCCACGAUCGAAGGCGCGCUCGCACUGCUACUCUUAUCCGGACUCGUCACGCAUUAUGCUCGCUGGAUUUCGCAGUCGGAACAAGUCGCCGAGCAAGCCGCACGAUUCUGGCGAUCGAUCGAUUGGUGCUAUGUCUCUAAAUUGCACUCUCAACGAUGCUCGCUACCGCAUUGACUGCUACACGACCGGCGCAUCAUCUCGCGAGCAGUCUCAUGUCAAAAUUGCUUUAUAUCUUGCUAUGAACAAUCGCUCUCGCUGUAAGAGGUUUGUAAGCUCUUUUGACGUGUGGCCCCAUUCAGGUGACUGAUGUCCACGCUGGAGUCAGAAGAUAGCGCAGCUCUAUUACGCUUGGAUCUUGAGGCUCGCUUAUGGUCUCAGACAUGACCGUUGGCAGCAUGAUUAUAUUGGGGGUAUAUCGUCUCCGUACAGGCUUUUCGACUUGGGCCGCGCGCUCGUGAAGAUCAUGAAACUCCCAGACAUGCGUGCGCCAAUGUGCCAAGGCCAGCUGCUAUUGCAUCU